UUGGCUUCCGGCCCUUCUAGCUUACGGGUCCGGAUGGAAUUGGGCCCGAGCUGUGAUAACCUUGGCGGCUGUUCCGGGCGAGCUGGCCUUGGAGGUAGCGGCGGGGGCUCAUUGUCUGCCCGAGUUCGCCGGGGCUGCAUCCUGCGCGGCCCCAGUGCCCUGAGCUUCCAUUCCCCUCUCCGCCUGUGUGCCCGCCCGUCCCCGGCCCCGUGUCCAGCGGGCAGCAUUCCCUGAGUCCCACCGCCACGGUUCGCCCCUCAGCCCCGCGCUCAGGCUGCUGGCGGAGGAAGAAGCCCGGGCGCGGUUUGCUCUGGGGCCGCGGACGCGGGGGACGCCGAGGUGUCUGUUAAUUAGUUGAAACAAAAAUAAAUAUGGCCUUCUACAGCUAUAAUUCAGUAUUAGCUAUUUUCUGGACAAGGUUCCCUAGCCAUUUUGUCUGUUCUGCCUGCACCCCUUACUUCCCAUCACUUGCAUUUCUUCAUGUGCCAGAGCCUCAUUUAAGUAAGACCUAUAUGAAAAACUAUGGAAGCAGGAAGUACUCCUAUCCCAGUCAGUCAAGCAAUAAAAUUCUUCACUUACAGACUAGACUAACACAAAAGCUACACACAUCCACUUGCUGGCUACAAAAGGUACCUGAUAAACGUCAGCCGGAGAAAACCCCAGGAAAUUCAAAGGUGACAAACCCUCAGCCCACAGAAGAAACUGGAACAAAGAUUAAAGAAGGAAAGAAAUCUUUGUCACAAAAAAUCAUGGAUGAACUUAAGUAUUAUUACAAUGGAUUUUAUUUACUUUGGCUUGACACUAAAGUUGCUAUCCGAAUGGUUUGGAAGCUGCUGCAUGGACAAGUGCUGACCAGGCGAGAGAGGCGGAGGCUGUUGAGAACUUGUGCUGAUUUCUUCCGCUUGGUUCCAUUUAUGGUGUUCAUAAUUGUACCCUUUAUGGAAUUCUUGAUACCAGUAUUUUUGAAGCUCUUCCCAGAAAUGUUGCCAUCUACUUUUGAAAGUGAAUCCAAAAAGGAAGAAAAGCAGAGAAAGAAAAUGGCUGCAAAGUUGGAAAUAGCGAAAUUCCUUCAAGAAACAAUGACAGAAAUGGCGAAGAGGAACAGAGCCAAGUUGGGAGAUGCCUCGUCACAGUUUUCCUCCUAUGUCAAACAGGUCCAAACAGGCCACAAGCCCAGCACGAAGGAGAUUGUUCGCUUUUCUAAACUCUUUGAGGACCAGCUAGCACUGGAACAUUUAGAUCGACCCCAGCUGGUUGCCCUCUGCAAGCUGCUGGAACUGCAGGCCUUCGGAACCAACAAUUUGCUCCGUUUUCAGCUCCUGAUGGCACUGAAGUCUAUAAAAGCAGAUGAUGAACAGAUAAUUGCCAAUGAAGGAGUGAAGGAUUUGAGUGUGUCAGAACUACAAGCUGCCUGCAGGGCCCGAGGGAUGAGAUCACUGGGCCUUACUGAAGAACAGCUUCGACAACAGCUUUCAGAGUGGCUGGACCUCCAUCUAAAGGAGAAUGUCCCUCCUUCUCUUUUGCUCCUGUCACGUACCUUCUACCUGAUAGACGUGAAGCCAAAGCCAGUUGAAAUACCACCAAGUAUAGAGGCUCCCAAGACAAGCUCGGCUGUGGAAUCAUCUACUUCCCCUGAGUUCCAAGAGGGCGUGGCGAAUUCUGCGCCUCAGCAAACGGGAAAGAAGGCCAAGUCACCGAAGACCUCACAGAACAGCAAGGCUAAUUCGAAAGGAGCUUAAGAACUGCCUGAGGAUGGAGCUUGCUUUCUCUAGCCACUGGCCCUUGGCAGUGCGUCCAUGAAGGAUCUCCAGCUAAGACUCUGUGUUCGGUUUGAGGUAGAGGGCCAGCCAUUCAGUCUUUGGGAGGUGAUGCCGGCAGUGACACCAAGCUCAGACCACUCAGAGACAUGGAACUGCUUCUACUAAGUCUGUACAUUGUGUCAUCCUACUAAACUGUGUGAAGCCCAUCCCCA